CGGAAGUCCGGCGGGCUCCCGCCUGUGGCCGGGGCAAGGCGUCGACGGCGGGGAUGGCGCUGCGCAGCCCGCUGGUGUCCUGGCCCCGCAUCGUGCUCUUCGGGGACUCCAUCACCGAGACAUGUAUCUCUCAGUUCAAAUCUUCAAACUUGCAGCGUCAUUUUGCUUUGAGCCAUGCACAUAUGGAUCAAGAAGUCCCACAAGGUGCUGAACACCGCACUUUAAAACUGAAAACUUCGAAAAAACAAACAGAUGUAGAAGCCCAGUUCUUCACCAGAUUUGCCAACCAAUCGCAGACUGUAAUGUUAGCCUCCUAUUAUGUGGCCUGGCACAUAGCCUGGGCGAAAAAGCCCUACUCUGAAGGCGAGGUUGUAAAAACGUGCCUCACUGAUGUGAUUUCAAUCCUGUCACCAGAGAACAAGAAUCUACAGAAGAAAAUUUCUGGCCUGCAGCUUUCACGCCACACAAUAGAACGCAGAAUCUCCAACCUGAACAGUGACAUCAAAUCGCAACUGCACGUGCAACUUCAGCAGUGUGAGUAUUUGAUCAUCACUCUCAAUGAGUCGUUCCAUACACAGGAUAAACCUCAGUUAUUGGUAUUUGUCCACACUGUGUCUGACAACUGUGUUGUAAGGGAAGAACUCCUCGAUAUGAUGUCACUAAAGGACAGAACUCGUGGAUGAGAUCUAAAGGAGGUUGGUAGUUGAUGUUGGUAGUUGUGAAAAGCCAUUUGCCUUUACAGAAUCUCACUGCCAUUGCAACAGAUGGGUCUCCAUCCAUGUGGGGAUCUGUGAAUGGAUUAGUAGGGCUUUGUAAGAUUGACAAGAGCUUUCCUGAAUUUUGGACAUUUCACUUUAUUAUUCAUCAGGAACAACUGGUAUCUAAAAAUCUCAAAUUUGAUCACAUCAUGAAACCUGUCUUGCACAUUGUGAAUUUCAUUCUCUCAAAUGCACUCAAUCACAGACAGAUUCAAAAUCUAAUUGAAGAACUGGAUGAAGACGACUCCCCUGCCAAUUUCCCAUUUCACUGCGCAGUUCGAUGGCUCUUGAGAGGUAAAGUUAUUUCCCAUUUUUUCGAACUCCCGGAACCAGUACAGUACUGCAGUUGUUUCACAGACAAACGCUUGAGGGAGAACUGACACACUUUCCCUCAACAUCACAACAUCAAACCAGAUCAAAAGAGAAUGCAGCAGAACCCCUAAAAUGGAGCACAACUAGAUAUGCGAGUGUGACUAAAGAUCUUAAGGACAGUUUUGAGGAAAGAUUCCAGGAUUUGCAGCAGAAAAGACCUCAAAUCAGAUUUCUGACUGAACCUUUUAGUGCUGAAGCCAAUUGUCUGAACCCCCCUUUGGUCACUGACAAAGCAACAUCCCAGAUGGAAAUAAUAGAACUUUUGAAAGAUGAGAGAUUAAAAUCUGUUCAGAAGUCAGAGGGGACCCUUACUUUCUGGAAAUCUGUACCAAAGGAUAAAUGCCGCAACAUCAGAGGUGCAGCCCUAAAAUUAAUCUCAAUGUUUGCCUUGACCUAUCUUUGUGAGCCUGUUUUCUCGACACUCAAACAUGUGAAAUCCAAGCACCAAUCCAUUUUGACAGACAGCCACUUAAGAGAAUUGCUAUAUGUGAGCACAACUGAACACAAACCAACUUCAAGGGAAUUGUUGAAAGCAAAGAUUGACAGAAGUCCCUCUAAGUAAAAGAUUAAGUUGUUAUCGUUAACUAUACAUUAUUAAUGUAUAAUAAAUAUGCAUUAUCAACUUAUAUAAUGAUUAUGUGUGUGCAUAUAUAUAUAUACACACCUACACACACACACAUAUAUAAUCAUUACAUAUUACUGUGGCUCUUUGGCAAUGUACAUUGGUAAAUUUUGGCUCCUGCUCAGGCUUGCCACCCCUGAAGUAUGAGGUAACAGAUGCAUAGUUCAUUUAUACGAGCUGCUCUGCAAACUGAAAUUAAAGCUACAGGUCCACAUUUAGAAAUGAUCAGAAAAAAUCCUUGGCAUCAAUCAGUCACUUGUUACACACCUAGUUGAUUUACUUAUGUAUGGCUUGAUCCUACACAGUUCUUUGGCCCACAGCCUGAAAUUAGUGAUAGUUUGACUGUGGAAGGACAGUGCGAUGUGCACUUCUCCUGUACUGUUCCCUAAUGCGGUAACAAAAUGUGUGGGGAUUGGGCAGGGCCAACAGCAGCCUCAGGGACACACUAAUGGCCUACCUUUUAGAAGAUAAGAGAGGCCACAUAAAAAUAAAGGGCCGUUAAAUUUGGUGGGUGAGGAGAAAGGACAAUAAAAAAUGCAGGAAGUAGAGUGACAUGCUAAAUUGUAAUCCUAGAUAUGUUUUAGUUAAUAUCUAAACUGUGUCCCUUUCAUUUAGUUUUCCUUUCAGGACAAUGGUUGGGGAGUGUUGCUUGCUCAGAAAUUGGUCAGGUGAGACUUGUCGAAGUUUGUAUUUUAAAUGUAAUGUUUAGGAUGAAAGAAGGCCAAGCAGUUUUUCUGUAGUAAAUUAUUUUAGCUUUUUUUAAAAAUCAGCAUUUACUUACUUAUAUUUGGAAUUGUAAAAGGAUCAUAUGGAAUGCCUCAGUACUUUCUCUUUCAAUAUCUGUAAAUCCUUAUUAAAGGCUAUUGCAAAGGUUGAGUAAAUACUCUCUGAUUCUGCAGUCAGAGCCAUGCAUAUGGAUCUUUGUGGCCAUGUGAAUCAGAUUGCAGGAUUGGCACCUAUAUAUUUAGACAAACUCUACACAUAUACUUUAUACAAACACUACAUAUAUAUUUAAUUAUCCCACUUGUCUACUGUGUAAUCUAGUUGAUUUUAGAGGGGUAGAGAGCCUUAAGGCAGGU